UCCCACUCUGUUUUGCAUUCACGCCCCCUUCCACGUCGACCUGCACUGUCUCUCGCCAUAUUUUCAAGCCCGGGAGGACCUUGCAGCCCUUUUUGCUAGCAAAUACAAGUAGAUAAGCUACAGGACUUUAAGCCACAAAGUACACUUUUCGAGCAGGAAGUAUAUCUGCUUUGCGCAGCACAUUUUUGCAGCUAUGAACAUCUUCCGACUGACAGGAGACCUGUCUCACUUGGCAGCUAUCAUCAUCCUGCUACUGAAGAUAUGGAAAAGCAGGUCGUGUGCGGGGAUCUCUGGAAAGAGUCAAAUCCUUUUUGCGAUAGUGUUCACCACACGCUACCUGGACCUGCUCACCUCCUUCAUCUCGCUCUAUAACACCUGCAUGAAGGUGAUCUACAUCGGAUGUGCGUACGCCACAGUCUACCUGAUCUACGCCAAGUUCCGCGCCACCUACGACGGCAACCACGACAGCUUCAGGGUGGAGUUCCUGGUUGUUCCCGUGGGCGGCCUGGCUGUCCUCAUCAACCAUGACUAUUCCCCGCUGGAGAUCCUGUGGACGUUCUCCAUCUACUUGGAGUCUGUGGCCAUCCUCCCUCAGCUCUUCAUGAUCAGCAAGACGGGCGAGGCGGAGACCAUCACCACCCACUACCUGUUCUGUCUGGGCCUGUACCGGGCGCUCUACCUCUUCAACUGGAUCUGGCGCUUCUACUUUGAGGGAUUCUUCGACAUGAUCGCCAUCGUCGCCGGCGUGGUCCAGACGGUCCUCUACUGCGACUUCUUCUACCUUUACGUCACCAAAGUGUUGAAAGGCAAGAAGCUGAGCCUGCCGGCGUAAGGAAGUUGGCGGCGGCGACGACGACGGCGGCGAGCGGCAGCAGACUCAGAGCGCGCCGAGAUUCAAAUCACGGAAUGUCGUGAGCUUCCAACAAAAAGGAUAAAUACGCCUGAGACCGAGAGCCAACUUAACAGGGAAAAAAAAACACUAUUAGUCUUCUUGAUGAUCGCCGAUGGAACUGGUCAAUGCCCACCAACACCGGAGCUGAAACAAGGUCAUUCCAACGUCUGUCGGAUUUCUUCGUUCAGCGUUCUUGCCUUAAACCUCUUUGCAUUGCUGUUCAUAUAUGCCGAAGUCCCCCCCCCCACUCCCCCACGUGAGGUGCAUACGCUUAUUUUUGUUAGAUCUUUCACAAUGUCACAAACGGGGCAAGAACCUUGGCAAGGGAUUGCACAAAUGUACAGUCUUAUUCAAAAACGUGACAAAGAGUGCCUGAUGACAGUUAUGUCCCAUUUCUUUUCUCAGUAUUUUUUAUUUUUAGUUCUUUUUUGUAUGCAUAUGCUGUAAUACUUAACCUUAUCACAUCUGGUUUACUAAAACACAUCUGGUUUCUUUUUUUAUAAUGACAGAACCCGCCAACUAAGUCACAGCAAUGCUUUUCUCUUGUCUAAUGAAUUUGGAAUUCCAAUGAUUUGUAAAAAAAAAAGCAUCAGUUGUGAGUCUAGAACACAAAUUAUGCAACAUUUUAUGUGCUGCUUGUGUCGUUUGCAUUAGUGGUUUGCAUUUUGCCAAGUAGAGAUAAUCACGGCAAAUAUUCACAUUACUCCUAAAGUUGUUUUCUGGGGCCUUUUUUUUUGUUGCAUGAUAUCACCUCCAUUAAAGAUUUUAUGAGAAUCACCA